GGAGGUCUGCCUGGGGCAGGGCUUCCAAGAGGGGCUAGUAAGCCCUUGCUUGGACAGCUUCCUCCCUGGGUUCGCACAUCCUUAGAUCCCGAUAGCGUCGUCCUCCGGCAAGUGGGACAUCUAGCAAUCAAAUAAUAGUUAACUUGGCCGAGCUGGGUAAGGGAACCGAGACCGCUGGAGGCAAUAGGCAGGGGCUUGCCGAAGACACCGUUCUGGACUCAACCAGACGGGGCGAAGAACUGGCCUUUUCUUUCCACCGAGGGAGCCCAUCCCGAGCCUGACCCAUUUGAAUGUUGAAUCGAUCUAAGUGGACUAAUCAUGCCUUCCAGAGUCAAUCUAGCGGAGCUGCUGGACCUUUCAAUUGGCACGCCGGAGAUUGGGGCAGUCAACUUCAAUGCCCUCCACGCCUUGCUCACGGUUGUGCUCAAGCAACUGAAUCUGCAGGAUUUCAAAACUGAGCUGCCACCCCAGAUCACCGAGCAGACCCGGAGCAUAGAGUCUUUGCGGCUCCCCUCCAAGGAAAAGAGAAAGCCCAGCCUCACCAAGGCUGCUUUAGGGAGACUAGCACCUCAGGAAAUAGAGGCUCAGGUGAAGGACCUGGGGGGACAGGUACAGGAUUUAGGCAAACAAAUCCAAGCCAUUGAGAACCAAGUGCAGGACAUCGGCUCCCACGUCAAUGUGUUUGGGGAGCAAAUGGCUGCUUUGGACAGGCUGCCAUCCGGUACCGAUCUGCUAGAGAAGACUCCGACUGGCUCCCGUGUGUCAGACAUAUGGCAAAUGUUGCAGCUGAAAAAGAAAGUGGAAGCCAACGAGGAUGGGGUUUCUAAGGCCAUAGGACUGAUUGAGGAUGUCAUGAAUGAAGUCAAAGACUUGAAAGGGGAUCCAGAGAAGGGGUAUCUUCAGAAGGAUAUUCCCCAGGUAUUGAAAGACACCAGAGCUAUAGUUGAAGAACUGGAAGAGCGAAUUCAAGAUUUACAGAAGCUAGUCAACGAUCAAGAAAAUAAUCUGGAAAUUGUAAGUCGGAAGAUAAGUACGUAUCCAGAAGACAAUUCGAUAGUUACCUGGGAGGACCUGGAGGAAGCAUUAAGUUCUGGUCGAAGAACCUUUUCGAUAGAAGAAGAGAGGCCUUUAACUUCAGAGACUGCUCUAACUACCACAGAUAUGCCCCCGGACAAGGCUUCUCAAGUCUCCAGAAAAUUAAGUCCAAUGAAGAUACCAUCUGGUGCAGAGAUUCUACCCACAGCUCAGGAAGCUGCUAGAGCAAGGCAGAUUGGCCCAGCUCAAGAAGCUGCUAGAGCAAGGCAGACUGGCAUAGAACAAUAUGGCCCACAACCCUUGGGUGCUCCACAGCAAUUUCCUCCUCUAACCCCAGUUAGCGGCAUACCCCCUUCUGCUCCCCCAGGCAUUUCCCAGUUUCCUCCAGUAGCUCCAGGCAUAGGUCAACUAGUUCCUCCAGGAGCCCUAGACAUGUAUGGUCAACCAAUCCCUCCAGCAGCCCUAGACAUGUAUGGUCAACCAAUCCCACCAGCAGCCCCAGGCGUAUAUGGUCAGCCAAUCCCUCCAGCCGCCCCAGGCGUAUAUGGCCAACCUCCGUACCCACCACCGCAGCCUUCCAUGGUACCACAAACACCAUGGGAAGCCCCACCGCCUGGGUCCUUCGCCUACCCUGCACCUCCAUAUCGAUUCUCGAGAGAGAAAGGUUCAUUAGAAAGAGAGGGUUUCAGCUUUCCCUUUGCCUUAGAGACUCUGCGUACAAUGGGGGAGCUUACCAACUACUACAUGAUUCUGAAGGAGCAGAUGGGGGCACUGGAUGAAGAUGCUGGCCAUUCUGAGCUGGAGAAGUUGCAAUUCCUGAUAGGGAAAUUAACUAAAAAGGCCUUCCCAGAUGAAAUGCUAGAACAGCUUCGUGGUCUUAAAGCCUUAACCAAAGAAAUUAAAGAGGAACAGGAAAAAAUGAAAUUAAUGCAACGAAUCCUGGAAGGAGAGGAGGAAGAUGUUGAAGAAGAAAAAGAAAGGCCUGGACACUUGGGUUUACAGCUAAAUAUUCUCAGACUCACCGUGAAUGACAUAGAGAAAGAGCUGGCUCUUCUGAGGGAACGGCAGGAGCAGGGCAAGGCCCUCGUAGAACAAUCAGUGAAUGAAGCCACACUUUAUCUACAGGAACAGUUAGAUAAGCUCAGGAUGAUCAUAGAAGGCAUGCUGACUUCAUCAUCCACACUACUGUCUAUGAGCAUGGUGCCAUCUAAACCUCCAGUCCCCUUGGAACCAGGUAAAAUUGACUCACACACCACCUGUCCAGCUUGCAGCCUAGACCUGAGCCAGCAAGUCAGCAGGCUAGUACAGCGUUAUGAACAACUCCAGGAUAUGGUCAACAACCUGAUGAUGACUCAACCCUCUAGAAAGUAUCAUCUCCAAAACCAAGAUGAAGAGCUGCUGGGUCAUAUCCAGGCCACGAUACUUCAGGUGCAAGGUGACUGUGAAAAACUUAACGUCACCACAGGCAAUCUCAUUGAGGAUCACAGGCAAAAGCAGAAGGACAUUGAUGUGCUGUAUCAAUCCCUAGAAAAGCUAAAGAAGGAGAAAGCUAACAGAGAACAUCUGGAUUUGGAGAUUGACGUGAAAGCAGAUAAGACUGCCCUUGCUGCCAAAGUGAGUCGGAUUCAGUUUGAUGCCACCACAGAGCAGCUGAACCAAAUGAUGCAAGAUCUGCUGAAAAAGAUGACUGGGCAAGAGAAGGACUGGAAGAAAGUACUGGACAAGCUCCUGGUAGAAAUGGAUACCAAGCUGGAUCGCCUAGAGUUAGACCCAGUGAAGAAGUUGCUAGAGGAUAGGUGGAAGUCCUUACGCAAGCAGCUGAAGGAGCAGUCCCCACUCUAUCAGUCUGACGAAGCUGCUGCCAUGCGCAGGCAGCUUUUGGCCCAUUUCCAUUGCCUUUCAUGUGACCGCCCCUUGGAAACAGCUGUACCUGGACCAAUCAUUCCCUCAGUGCCUAGCGGCCCAGGACUGCCAGCACAUCGUUCUAACCGUCCCUAUACCAUCUAUGAACUGGAGCAAGUUCGGCAGCAAAGCCGCAACAUGAGGUUGGGCCCUGCCUUCCAGCGCAUGGAACUGGGACAGCUGGAACGAAGUGUAGGCCGCCUGCAUUCCAUGCACUCCAAGAUGCUGAUGGAUAUAGAGAAGGUACAGAUUCAUUUUGGAGGCUCGGUCAAAGCCAGCAGCCAGAUGAUCAGGGAGCUGAUCCAGGCCCAGUGCCUCAGUUCCUCCUACUACAAACGGAUUCAAGAUAUGCCAGAUUACUCCUACAUGUCAGUGCCACGACGUUGUGGUGGCAGCCAUACACUUACCUUCCCCUAUCGCCGCUAUUCCCGCCUACAGCACCUGGCUCAGUGUGUCUAUCCUACGGAAGAUGGACAGGCCUUAAAGCAUGAAGUGGACAUCUUGGGCCUAGAUGGACAUAUCUACAAGGGAAGGUUGGAGACAAGGCUUCCUGGAAUCCCAAAUAAAGAAAGUCCUUUGAAGAACAAACCAAAGAAUCUCUGUCCUGUUGGGCAAAAUAGGCAAUCCCCUUCAAGACCACAGAGUGCUCAGAUGUUGGUGGCUUCUAUGUCAGCCCAGCAAACAAAGGGCAGACCUGUGUCCUCUCAGGGGCGCCUCACACAACUUAAUGGCACACACCCACCAAGCCCCAACUCUGUUAACCCCAAUAACCUACCCUAACACAUCAGAGGAUGCUUAUUGAGAUGUACACGGAUCUCCUCUACUCUGCCCUGGAUAAAGACCAAGCAGGAAUACCCUGAGGCCUCAGAAAAAACAUAACUUCACGCAUAGUACUUGCCAAUAAAUAUUUGCAAAGAA